AAGUUUUUCUCUCGGUUGAAGCGCGCAUCUUGAGGCCGCUUUGCUACUUCGUGUAGGCUUCCUGCUGAUCAUGUCCUCCAAGAAGAACAGAAAGCGGCUGAACCAAAGCGCGGAAAAUGGUUCGCCCUUGCCCUCUGCUGCUUCCUCUUGUGCGGGGGCACGGACUCCUUCUGCUGGGGCACGGACUCCUUCUGCUGGGUCAGACUUCGCGGCGGCCGCCGGGACUCUGACAGUGACCAACUUCUUAGAAAAGGAUGACAAAAUUCCUAAAACAUUCCAGAAUUCCCUUAUUCAUCUUGGACUCAACACUAUGAAGUCUGCAAAUAUAUGUAUAGGUCGACCAGUGUUGCUGACUAGUUUGAAUGGAAAGCAAGAGGUCUAUACAGCCUGGCCUAUCGCAGGAUUUCCUGGAGGCAAGGUUGGCCUGAAUGAAGUGGCACAGAAGAAUGUGGGUGUGAGGCCUGGUGAUGCCAUCCAGGUCCAGCCUCUUGUGGGUGCUGUGCUACAGGCUGAGGAAAUGGAUGUGGCACUGAGUGACAAAGAUAUGGAAAUUAAUGAAGAAGAACUGACUGAUUGUAUCCUGAGAAAACUAGAUGGCAAGAUUGUUUUACCAGGCAACUUUCUGUAUUGUACAUUUUAUGGACGACCAUGCAAGUUGCAAGUAUUGCGAGUGAAAGGGGCAGAUGGCAUGAUAUUGGGAGGGCCUCAGAAUGACACCGAUGCCCAAAGAAUGGCCUUUGAACAGUCCAGCAUGGAAACCAGUAGCCUGGAGUUAUCCUUACAGCUAAGCCAGUUAGAUCUGGAGGAGACCCGGAUCCCAUCAUUGAGAAGUACUCCUUGUAAACCAGUUGAUGAGAGAAUUAUAAAUAAAACCAGUGAUGUUUUGUUGGAUGUUACACAGAGCCCUGGAGAUGACAGUGGAGUUGUGCUAGAGGAAGUCACAGGUCUUAAAUGUAGUUCUGAAUCUGCCAGAGAAGGAAAUGAUCAACUUAUCAAAGAAGAAAGACUGCUAAAGUUCAGCAUGGGAGCGAAGUGCAAUACUGAUACCUUUUAUUUUAUUUCUUCAACAACAAGAGUCAAUUUUACAGAGAUUGAUAAAAAUUCAAAAGAGCAAGACAACCAAUUCAAAGUAACUUAUGACAUGAUAGGAGGCUUAAGUAGUCAGCUGAAAGUAAUUAGAGAAAUGAUUGAAUUGCCCCUCAAACAGCCGGAACUUUUCAAGACGUAUGGAAUUCCUGCCCCUAGAGGAGUGUUACUUUAUGGCCCUCCAGGUACUGGAAAGACAAUGAUCGCCAGGGCUGUGGCUAAUGAAGUUGGAGCCUAUGUUUCUGUAAUCAAUGGUCCUGAAAUUAUAAGCAAAUUCUAUGGUGAGACUGAAGCAAAGUUACGUCAGAUAUUUGCUGAAGCCACUCUACGGCACCCAUCAAUUAUUUUUAUUGAUGAGCUAGAUGCACUUUGUCCAAAAAGAGAGGGAGCUCAGAAUGAAGUGGAGAAAAGAGUUGUGGCUUCACUCUUAACACUAAUGGAUGGCAUUGGUUCGGAAGGAAGUGAAGGACAAGUGUUGGUCCUUGGGGCCACAAAUCGCCCUCACGCUUUGGAUUCUGCACUCCGAAGACCUGGGCGAUUUGAUAAAGAGAUUGAGAUUGGAGUUCCCAAUGCUCAGGACCGGCUAGAUAUUCUCCAGAAACUGCUUCGAAGGGUACCCCAUUUGCUCACUGAGGCUGAACUGCUGCAGCUGGCAAAUAGUGCUCAUGGAUAUGUUGGAGCUGACUUGAAAGUCUUGUGUAAUGAAGCAGGUGAGUGUGAUUUGCCAUGGUGAGUCUAUAUUGAUGAACUUAUCUCCAGUUUAUUUACAUACAAAUAAUUUAUAUUUUGCUUAUUUCUUAAUGGAAGUAGCUUUGUUUCUAAUUGUAAAAUUUAUUGAAAAAAUUUAGUUGAUUCAGAAAACUAUAAAAAAGAAAUAAAAAACACUCAAUCCUACCUCUAAAGGAUAACCACUAUUAUAGUGUAUACAGUCAGCCCUCCAUAUCUUUGGGCUUAGCAUCUGAGAAUUCAACCAACUGUGGUUUGAAAAUAUUCAGGAAAAAAAAAAAGACAAUAAAAAGAUAAAACAGUAAAAAAUAAUAAAAAUUUUAAAAAGUAUUGCAACUACAGUGGACCUUUGAACUAUGAGGACUUGAACUGCAUGGGUCCACUUAUAUAUGAAUAUUUUAAAAUAAAUGUACUGGAAAUUUUUUUGGAGUUUUGCAUUAAUUUGAAAAAGCUUGCUUUUUCUCUAGCUUGCUUUAUUGUAAGAAUACAGUAUAUAAUACAUAUAACAAAAAAUACGGUUAAUCAACUGUUUAUGUUAUUGGCAAAGCUUCAGGUCAACCAUAUGCUAUUAGUAGUUAGGCUUUGUGGGAGUCAGAAGUUAUACAUAGUUUUUUGACUGCACAGAGAUUGGUAUCCCUGACCCACAAGUUGUUCAAGGGUCAACCAUAUUUACAUAGCAUUUACAUUGGAUCAGGUAAAAGUAAUCUAGAGAUUAUUUAAAUUAUAUGGGAGGAUGUGUGUAGGCUAUAUGCAAAUACUGAGCCAUUAAGGGGCUUCAGCAUUCCUUAGAUUUUGGUGCUUAGGGGUCCUGGAACCAAUACCCUGUAGAUACUAAAGGAUGACUAUGUAUUAGACUUCUCCAAAGUACACACACACGCACGCACGCAUGCACGCACGCACGCACGCACAUGUAAUCAGAUGCAUUGGUGGCAAUAUUGAUGAUGACAAUAUUUAUUGCUAUAUCGUGCUGUGGAAAUCAGGGAGAAGUAUAAGCUAGAGAAUCACAAUUUUCCUUAAAAUUGAGUGUCAUGCUGGACCCCUAUUAACUUCAGUAGGGAUGGUACCAGGUUUGAGAGGCUGAAGAAGAGACACAGAGCCAAUGAAUGAAACUUAGGGCUUAUUUGGCAGCACAUACUUAUAGGGUGGUCCAGUGGUCGUGGGCUGGACAGGAGAACUGCAAUUACUUGCUUAAAGCAUGCAGCUUGUAUAGCAUUUUCACUUAGCAUCCUCCCCCCAGCAACUUCCACAUGGCAACCUCCUUUCUCAAGUUAUUGCUGUCAGGGGCAUCUGCAAUACAGGGUCAUUCAUUCUCAGGAUAUGCUUAAAUUAUUGCUGUCAGUUGCAUCUACCAUAUACUCUGCACCAGUGUACCUCUCCAUGGCCCUCUCAUUCUUAUACCAUUCUGUCGUGAUAUCCCUGGGGCCAGGUAUGUGGAGGAGCAUUGCAGCCAGAUGCUGCAGUAGCAAUAUAAACUACAACAAAAAAGAAUAACAAAUAUAAGAUACAAUCAUACUAUACAGAAGGUUUUUCAAUGGUUUGGGAGUUGAUUAAAACAGACGGUUAUAGGAUUGUAAGACUUAGAUUCUGUAGUGGAAAUAUGGGUAUUUAAGGCCUGCAUGGCCUGGGUUACAUUGUGAAAGUUAUCAGGAAUAUAUACACAACAGGUUUUAAUUAAUGCACAGGUUCUGCCCUUGGGGUUAAGAUGUCUAUGGCCAUGCGAUUUUACAAAGAGGGGUGCAUGACCCACUAUAUCUAUCUAUACUGCUGUCAUUUACUCUAGCCCAUCAUCAUGUAUAGCCUACCCACAGCAGGAGUGACAUUAACUUGCUCCCUCACCAAGCAGGAAAUAUGCCAUCUCGUGUCGUUGGUGGUGGGAAACUUGCUGCAAGAGGUGCUGUUGUCACUGAAGGGAAAUAGGUGAAGGUCAUUAUACCAAGUAUAAUGUUAGUUGCUUGGGUGUGGCAUGGCAGGCCGACAGUGGAGGAGGGGGCAUCGCUCCACAGACCCAGCAGUCUCUUUUUUUCUGGAGAGAGAUAACCAUCUGCAUCCAGUCAGUGGAGAGAUUUGUGGCACCCCAUCUAUGGGCAAAAGGUGAGGUGUUUAGUGGGUACAAGAAAGGACAAGUCCUGGCCAUUUAACAAAACAUGGGGAGUUUUGUCCUUCCGAGAGAGCACCACCCCUGGCAGCAGCAGCCCGAUGCCUGGUUUACAAUACCCAAUGGACUGGCCCUCCUCUGUAAUGUGUUGCAGGAGGCCAGAGGAAGACAGUGGAGGUACUAAAAGGUUUCAUCAUGGGAGGAUGUUCAUCCCCUUGCACAAGGGAGGACUAGGAUUCGUUAUUUUAGCAUUACGAUGGAGAGUAUAGUGUAAAAUAGGUGUGACCUGUAUAUCCUGAUAUAGACCCUUCCCCAUGGAGCAGAAAAACAGAACCAUCAGGGUCUGGUUUACCAUUUCCCAGAACCACAUAAUGAUGUGCUCCCCAGUAGGUAGGUCCUUUGGCAAGGGCAAUAGAAGGUUACUUUGUGUCCCAGGUUGAGGGCAAAGGUACACUGUCCUUUACCCCAUCUACCUGGAUCCUGAUGGUGGUAUCACAUCCUUGUGUCAGAAGAGUAUACAUGAUGGGGUGAUGAGAACAUGCAUGUUCGCUCAGGUUAUGCAUGGCUGCUGGUAAGUAAUGUGUCUACAGAGCCAGAGAGCACAUCUCCUGUAGGAAUUGUUUCAACAGUCCAUUCAUUUGUUCAGUUAGCCCCACUGCUGUAGGGUUGUACGGCAGGCGGAUAUGCCAGUGGAUAUCCAGGACCUCUUCCUAUUCCUGCAGUUUAUAUCUGGUAAAGUGUGAGCCCUGGUCCUGUUAAUACUGAUGUGGACGUUGUAGGCUGCACACAGCUGUUCUGGUUUUAUGGUGGCUUUUUGUGUGGCAUGCUUGUUGGGAUAUGCCCGUAGUAGCCCCGUGCAGGUUUCUGCACAAGUCAAGGCAUAGUGGCAGCCAUCCAAUAGAGGCAAAGAUCCUAUGUAGUCUACCUGCCACCAUUGUGCUGGGCUCUGGCCCCUGGUGGUCUUUCUGGUAUCAGGUGGCAAGGGCCUAUGGCGCUCCUGUGCACAGGUAAGAUAUUGCUGACAGAUGUGUACUGUGUCUUUGUAUCAUAGUGGCAUGCCCCAAUUCUUUGCUAUGGCCCAAAGGCCUGUCUUCUUUUGUAACCAAUUGACCACCUCUUCUGUGGGGCCUCCCUUGAGGGGACAAAUGCAGGUUAAUUUGUCUGCCUGUUCAUUUCCAGGUGGUGUAGAUGCAGUAUGGGGAUACCCAUGGUAGAUGAUUUUAUGCAUCCCCUGGAUGCAGUGCUGAAUGUCCUAUGUGUCACUACCCCAAAGGAGGUGACCUGCUACUGUCUAGUCCUAUGGUUCCCAUUGUAGUAGCCGCAUGGCGAGUGGCUUUACAUUGGAUUAGGUAAAAGUAAUCUAGAGAUUAUUUAAAUUAUAUGGGAGGAUGUACAUAGGCUAUAUGCAAAUACUAAGCCAUUUUAUAUAAGGGUCUUGAGCUGUCAUUAGAUUUUGGUAUCUCAGGGGUCCUAGAACUAAUACCCCAUAGACACUAAGGGAUAACUAUAUCCUAUCAGACUUUUCCAAAGUACACACACACAUGCACACACACAUAAUCAGGUGCAUCAGUGGCAGUAUUGAUGAAGAUGAUAUUUAUUGAUAUAUUAUGCUUUGGAAAUCAGGGAGAAGUGUAUGCUGGAGAAUCACAAUUUUCCUUAAAAAUGUCAUGCUGGAUGCCUGUUAACUUCAGACAGCCCAGCUGUGGGUACAUAGGACUGUUGGAUCUGGCUUAUAGAGGAGGUCCAUCCAGACAGCUUGCAGCUCAGCUCAUUGGCUGCUAUGUCCUUGGCCUGUAUCAAUCCAGAUACUGUCAGUGGAUGGCUGAAUGGCCGUACCUGUCCAAGUGCAAGGAUUGCCUCGUGACAAGCUGUCAGUGUACCAGGCCUAGUCAGACAUUGGGCCCUGUCCAUCCUGUAUGAAGGAGGGAAUCUAUGGAGAUUCAGCAGCCUCCCUCAAAGACUAUGUGACAGUUUUUACAUAGAUGACAGGGCCAAGCACCGAAUGGAGCUCUGAGCUCAAGGGGCUAUUUGUGUGCUCCUCCGUUGCAGGUAUGCAUGCCAUUUGGCCACAGUCUGUGUCUGGGCAUUCCCAGACUUUGGUUUCUGGAAGAUACCCUUUAGCCAACCUGCUUUGGGGUACUGGGUACGUACUAGCACUGGGACCCCCUUUGUAAUAUUCUCCACUUGUUGUAAGGCGUAAUGUAUAGCACAGAGUUGUCGUUCCAUGGCACUAUAUCUAACUUCACCUUUUAUUCAUAGCUGGGACCAGAAUCCUAAAGGCACACAUAUAUUCUCUGCUUUGCCACAAGCCCCACUCAAACCCCUCAGGAUAAUGGCUACAUCUAGUUCACAAGGCCGUCUCUGCACCUGGACUCCCGUGGCUUGUAUUUGUUUCACUGUGACUUUAGCUUGUUCAAAGUUCUCAUCCUCCUUUGUGGAUUAGUCUCAGUGGGCCCCCUUCCUGUCUAAACAGUAUAGGGGUCUAAGGAGUUGGGCCAAAUGUGGAAUAAAAGAAUGCCUAUACCCUAUGAGUCCUAAGAAGGUUUCCAGCUGCUUUUGGUGUCACAGAAUGUGAGUAUGCCUGCACCUGUCCAUGAUUGCAGACCCAAGUAUUUGGCUGAUAAGCCUCGACCCUGGAUUUUAUCUGUGUUAUGGCUCAUCCGCUGUUUGCUAGAUGAGACAGCAAGGUGUGGGGGGGCACAGUUUGAAAGCUGAAAAAAGACUCAGAAGUUAGCAUGAUAUCUUCAGUGUAAUAGAAAACAUGUACCCCUUCAAGACCACCAUGGCUAUGCAAAUAUCCCUGGGGCACGACGGUAAAGGUCUGUUGUUCUUCCCAGGUGAAUUGGUUUUGACUCUGGGGCAGUGGGGAUGCUGAAGAAGGCAUUGGUUAAAUCAGUAACAAAAUAGUAUGUGCCCAGUGUCUCUCCUGCUCUCCUUAGAAGAGAUAUUGGGAACAGGUGCAUACAUUGGGAGACCACCUUAUUUAAUUCCCGGUAACCUUCUGUCACUGUCCAUGUCCCCUCAGGCUUCUGCAUGGGCCAUACAGGGCUGUUGUGUGGGCUGUGCACUGGCCUUAUAAUGCCUCCUUGGGCUAACUCCUUAACAAUCUCUGUGGUCUCAUUAUGUCCACCAGCAGGCAGUAUUGCUUCAGUGCUACUACUUGCCGUGUGGGAUUGGCAAAUGUACUGGUGUCCAUUUCACUUUCCUGUUGAUCACAUGCUUCACCACUCAGGCAGAACUCUCCAGUAGUCGUUUGGAGGGUCAAACCUCAUAAGAUAUCCAUUCCCAAGAUGUAUUCCAAGAUGGGAACUAUGCAUACUAAGUAGGGUUUUGGUGGCAGUCUCCCAACUUAUAAUACUAGUUCAACUUGUCUGACCCCCGCUCCAUAACCACCUAUUGCUGUUAUAGGCCCUUGAACCAAUGAAUGUCACCAUAUAUGAAAGUACAUUCAGCCCUAGUAUCCACUAGGGUACACACAGUCUGUUUAUUCUUAGGUGACCAAUAUAUAGUUAGUUCUUCGUGUGGCCUCUGGUCCCCAGGUACCCUGGCCAUUAUUACUCUUAUCGGGACUCCGGGGCCUUGGUUUUCAUCCAGUCUAAUGGGGUUGACACCUGCCAUCCCUGUGCAGGAAGGGUGGUGGACUGAACCUGAGGCUCCUUAGUGAAGCAGAAUUCUGGUGUCAGCUUCCGCUACAGUCUGACCAGAACAGCAUUAGGUUAUCUGUUUUCAUAGUAGCUGUUUGUACCACAUUUGUUCGUCAGUCACCCUGAUGGGCCCCUUGACUGUCUCCUUUCCGUUGGCACCCUUGCCUUUCAUCCCAGCAGUAUGUACCCUUCACCUACGCAGUUUCUCCGUUUCUUCUAAGUUGGGGGCUGCUUGGGCGGCCUGAGACACUGGCUGUCCUACUAGGGGGCUCUGGAUAGACACUAGCACACCAUACUAUUGGUUCGGUGCAGAUUGUAAGAUUGUGUUUUUCAUAUUGGCAGUGAAAAGCCCUUUGUUGUAUCUCGGUAAUGUUCAGCAUAGACAGCAUGUUUCAUCCCUAAUUCCCAGAGGAUGUCCUGCAAUUCCUCCAUAGUCUGCCAUCGCAAAGGAGAUGCCCUCAUUUGGCCAUGCUUCAUUGCAGCCUACAACCACCCAGCUACAGAGGGGCAUGGCCUGGUCCUCAUUAUUGGCACCAUUGAGGUGGUGCCUCAUGGCUGGGUGGCAUGCACUGGAUGCCAUUCCACUCAUCUUGAGUCUGGACUCUCCAUCCCCAUGUCCCAUACACAGAGAAGCCACCUCUCAAUCAGCUGUCUCUCCUCCUUCCUGAACCCAGCUUCUGCCCAGCUCUACCAAUUCCACAGUGGUGUAGUGCUGCAUUGUGGUGUGCUGCCAUCUUUCAGGCAGAGACAAGUUUUGUAGGUCUAUUCCCUACAGACACAAUUAGUCUGACUCUCUUGGUAGUGACUACGGAUGGACAGAGAGGACAGGAACCUCUAUGGGCUUAUCCCAGUCCUCACUGCUCCUCACUAGAGCUCUCUAUUGGGUCCCUGGACUUAGAAUCCCAGGAAAAUUUAGUCAUAUAUUUCUAACUUGGCAUGGGAGCUGGUGACCCUUCAAAUGGGCUACCUGACAAGCUAGAAUUUCCAUUUUGUCAUCCUGUUUCUGCAGUUUGGACAGUAGGGUCUCUGAUGUUUUAGCUUGAGCUAGUCUGGCAUGUCUUUCUAGUCAUAAUUUGUCCUAUAGCAGAUGACCACUUGCCUGUGCUGGGAGCUCAGUCUCAGUUGUUGCUUGGAGCAUAGUCAAGAAUGGCCAGCCAAUUGUGGCUGUCACAGCUUGGGCAUCUAACUUAGAUCCAUCCCCUGCAAUGGUGUUUUUGGUGUGUUCCUAUACUCAUACAUUAGGCCCCAUUCAUAAGGAUAGUGGCUUUUGGGCCCCACAUAAAUGUUAUGGUCAGCCUGCUAUUUCCCCCUCAUAUUUCCCCUUUCCUUAUCUUACUGUCUCAGUGCUCAUGAGAUUUUCUCCAGCUUCCUACCGUGUUCACCAGUUGUGGUACUGGGUCCCAGUUAAUUUCAUCCAUAAGGAUGGCACCAGAUUCAAGAAGCAAAAGAGACCUGGAGCUAGCAAAUAAGACAUAGGGUUUUAUUAGGGAGAACUAACAUACAGGAACAGUCCAGUGGUGGCAGACUAGACAGGAGAACCUCAAGUGCUUGAAAAAGCAUGCAGCUUAUAUAGCACUUUUUCUUAGCAUCCUCCCUCCAGCAGCCUCCAUGUGGCAACCCUCCUUUCUUGAGUUAUUGCUAUCAGGUGCAUUUGCCAUACACCUACUAUCACUGUAAUGGCAUGAAUCAAUUCCUGAGGAUUAAUGUCCUUGUGGUCUCAUGGCCUAAUUCCUUCCAGUGGUCCUAACUCUUAAUACUAUUACAAUGGCAAUUAAACUUCAACAUGAAUUUUGGAAGGGACAUUCAAACUGUAGCAGUUAUUUUAGAGCUUCAGUUCAGAAAUAGAAAUGCAGUAACUUUUACCUCCAAAUGAUUGACUCAUAGUUACCUAAUUUAGUAGGCAGUAAAGGAGAAGAAGAAAAAAAUGGAAGAAAAAGGAGGAUAGGAAGAAUUAGAUAAAGGAAAGGGAGAAAGAAAGUGAAGAAAAAGCCCUAAGCAUCUUCCGGCCUCAUCAGUUAUUUUCAGUGGUCUUAUCUUUUGUACCUGUUUGAACGACUUACACUUAGGUAGUUAGUCAGGGUUUUUCCAUGAUGUUCUUAGAAACAGUGCUAUAAAGCAGACUGAUGUUGGUUGUGAAGUGCACUGCAUUUUCUCAUUGGAACAGUUUUAUAAUUUAUGACUAAAGACUGAGUAAAUUAUCAAUUUGGUUAGCAGUGUGACUUAGAGGGAAAGCUGAAACAACUGUGAAACUCCAAGGAUUUAAAGUGGUAGGAUUAAAAUUAAAAAUAUGUGAAACAAACCUGAAUUUAAUGGGAAAGAAUAAGUAACAGAGAGAGAUUUAACUUACGUACCCAGAAAUACAUCUCCUGGAGAUGGAGUCUCUUAGUGUCAACCUCACAAAUCUGGUCAAGAUGCCUUAACUACCCAUAUAGGCCAGUGGCCAUUUACAAGCACUCCACUUAAACAUAGCACAACUGGUGAACAAUGAAAAUGCCUCCCAAAAAGCACUUGUUUUAAACAAAUAUAGUGAAAGGCUGUAUCAGAACCAAAGCUUAGUAAUCUGUCAGUGGGAAGGCAAAAAUGGACUAACAGCAGUUAUUUAAAGCAGCCUCAGUGUCCUACAUUUUUGAAGAUUACAUAGCACUUGCUCAUUGUUACUUAUAAAGGUAACAAUAACUUCUUAAGAGUUCUUUCCUCAGCACAAAGCAGGGAUUUCUGAAAGCAAUAAAGGGUGGAAAAAAGAGGAGAUUCCCGAGGUGUUUACAAACAAAACUAAGCUCAACUCUAAAAUUAAUAAACACUGUUCACCUCUAUCAAGGGUGUAUAGGGUAAUAAUUAUGUCUCCUAGAUUUCACAGAUAUUUCUCAGAUUCUUCUUAUUCAAUUCAACUAAUCAAAUACUUCUUGAGCACCUAUAAUAUACCAGACAUCAUUAAUAUUGCUCCAAAUAUGAAGAUAUUACCAUGACUCUUUGAAAAAACAAUUAUUCUAACCUUAGAGGUAAUUCUAAGAUCAGUGUAAUGAUUGUGACUGCAUGAACCUGUAGAAUUUACUAAAAUAGGUUACUGGGGCCCAUCCCCAGAGUUUCUGAUUCAGUAGGUCUGAUCUGGUACCUGAGAAUGCUAGCAAGCUCCCAGCUAAUGCUGAUGCUGGUGCUAAUGCUGCUGAUCUGGGGACCACACUUUGAGAGUUAUUGACCUAGGGCAUUGGUUCCUAAACCUCAUUAUGCAUCAGGUGCACCUGGGAAACUACACACACCCUCACUCAUGCUCACACUCACAUUUCCACUCAUAGUUAAUUGUUUAAGGGAGUUAGGGAGCUGGAGGUGGGAUCUAUAAUGUUUUCCAAGUGAUUUUGAAGCAGCCAGUCCUGCACUUGCCUGUUAGUUGGGCAUUGGAUUCGCUGAUUUACACAAGUGGUUCUCCAAUCUAUGUAAGAAUCAUUUGUAGAGCUUGUGAAAACACAAGCUGAGGACUAUCCUGCUGAUUCCUAUAGGUCCAGAAGAUCCAAAUGGGGCCCAAAAUUUGCAUUUCUAACAGGCUUGCAGGUGUGUCAAUGCUGCUGGUCCAAGAACUGUACUUUGAGAAUCCCUGAUCUAGGGCAAUCAAUUACCCAGUUUUUGGAGAUUCUCUGUAACUGAUUUAAAUAACUGGAUUAAAUUUAGGGAAUGAAAUUCUUUGACUAUCUCUAAUAGUGUUGUUUCCUCUCAGAGGUUUUUUUGUGAUAGUAAUGUGCUCUUCCAAAUUAUUAUUUAACUUUCCCACUCAAGGGAAAAUGAAUGUCUAAGUUUGCUUUGCAGUUAUAUAUAAUGGUACUAAAUAAAAUUUAAAGGUGGCAAAUAAUUCUGGGAAAAAAAAAAAGGCACAAGUAAAUCAGUUAAUUAACAAUUAAGAA